AUGAAAAGUUACCCAAGAUUCCAUUGCCGUUUCACCAUUUUAGUGGGCAAUAGGACACACCUGAGUAAUAUAGAGAAGUUCUAUUACUUAUUAGGAUGUUUACAGUCUGGUCCAAGUGAUGUAGUCAAGGGUAUCACGGUUUCGGAAUCCACUUAUGAACUUGCUUGGUCUGCCUUAGUUCAAAGGUAUGAUAAACCUCGUCAGUUGGCUACUAAUUUGGUUAAUGAAAUGCUCAAUGCUCAAAUUAACCAUCAGGAAUCUCCUGCAGUACUAAUUAAUUUUUUGAAUACCUUUUGUGAGAACAUAGCUCUUCUUCAAUCAUUGAAUAUACCUGAUUUAGGUUUAUUCCUGUUAUUUGCAAUAUCAGUUCGUUGUUUGCCUUCAACUACACACCGUCUGUUUGAACAGGGAAACACGGCUGAUUUUCCUACUGUUGAUAGUCUAUUAUACUUUGCCAAAGAUAGGGUAGAGGUGUUGGAAAACUCUGGUUCAUCUUUGAUCCAGACCACAGUUAAGCCUCAAGCAAAGCUCGUCUUCAAUAAACCUAAGCAUACAAAUUCCAAGCCAAACCAAUCGGCCUCUAAGGCCCCUCGAAGCCAUCAAGGUUCUCCAGUGGCGUUAGUUGCUAACAAACCAGCUGGAGAGUCUCAUCGUUGUGAGCAGUGUAACGGUUCUCAUUCUUUAACGUCAUGCUCUACCUUUAAGGACUUGUCGAUCGAUGAUCGCUACGCUUUAGCGAGCAAGCACAGGUUGUGUAUGGUUUGUUUCGGUAGCAAUCAUUGGGCAAACAAAUGUAAGUCCUCAUGUUCUGUUUGUCACGGUCGUCAUCACCAGCUGUUACAUCGAGAUAAUUCCCAUGCCAAGAUACCUCCAAGCAAGGAUCCUGUUGCAUCGUAUAUUGGCACUCAACAUUCCAGAUCGGUCUUGUUGGGCACCGCUUCAGUCAAUGUCUGUGAUGUAGCUGGGUGUUUGCAGCCAGUUCAGGCUUUGAUUGACCCCGCUUCCCAAGUGAGUCUAAUGACCUCUGAGUGUGUUAAACGUCUAGGUCUAUUCUGUGAACAGUGGACAGUCCCAGUAGCUGGUCUAGCAGGUCAGUUAGUGCAAUCCAUCAAUGGCAGAGUGCAGAUCAGCAUCCAAUCGGCUACAGAUGGCAGCAUGAUCAACCUUUCUACUUGGACUAUGCCUAAAAUAACAGGGUCAAUGCCAUCGGCACAACUACCGGUCUCCGUCAGGAACAAGUGCUCUCAUCUAGUUUUGGCAGAUCCUAAUUUUGACUCACCAGCUCCGGUUGAAUUGCUGCUUGGUGCAGAUGUAUUCAGUCAAGUGAUCCGCAGAAGAAGACAUGACUUAGGUGUUGGAUUACCUACUGCCUUUGUUACAAUCUUCGGUUAG